AUGCGUCGUAUGAACAGCCACCACAAUGAAACACGGAGGCAAAAAGCAGGAAACGGCUGCCUGAGAGGCCUGCGGUGAACCGCCGUUGUUCUGGAUCGCUCGGGAUUAAUACAUAGAAUGAGACAGUUGGCGUGUGAACCAAAAUCUUUCAACUCGCUCGCCUUUCAUUCUUUUUUCCGAUCUCUCUCCUUCUCGAAAAACUGGCCAUUACAAGCUUUACUGCCUGUUCACUCAUUGUCUGUGACCUCCUGACGAUAGCUAAUCUUCCAGGAAAAAAAUGAAAUUUAUUAUUUUAAUCUUUACCCCUCCUAGAUGCCAAAGCUUUUUCGGACAGUUUAGUGUCAUUACUUCCUGAAAUAAUCGAAUUGUUUUUGUUCGGUCUUCUUAAAGAAACUUUUCAUAAUCGGAAUUCGAAAAACUUCCUUAUUUAUUGAAAAACGAGAAGCACUGCUCCUCCCUUUAGUUUUGAAAACCAUGUUUUUGUAAUUCAAAGUGAAAAGAAGCAAUGAUAUCAAAUCGAUUUCUGAACUUUCGGACAGUUUUUCAACAUUAAAAAGAAUUACUGAACAUAAUAAAUUUAAAUCAAACUUGCUUACAAAUAUCAAGAAAUAAAUGAUUCAGCAUUUUUAAUUGAAAAGAUCAUAGGAUCCUUUGAUGGAAUGAGAUUAGUUCAAUUAUUUGACCGACAGUUUGUGAUCAGCAGUUGCUUCUUUGACCUUCACACAAAUUUUAGAAUCAGUAAAAAAAUAUGUAGAAAAUCAAGCGGAUAAGAAGGUUUUUUUCCUUUUGAAAACUUUUUUUGCAACCAAUUAAGAAUUUGGAUUAAUUUUUUGAACGGUCGGUUUUUCGUUCAAUUUGAAAACCUUAAAUUUUUUUAAUAUUAAUCUGUAAUUGAUACCAAAACUGCUCGUUGUAGAAAACGGCUCGAAGACAAUAGUUUUUUUGGCAUGUCAUACAUCUCAAAGUGUACAAAUCAGCUUUUAAAGAUGUCAACAGACGUUUCAUCUCCCUCCACCACAAAAACUUAUCCUCAAAAAUUUCUAUAUAUUCUUACGUCAGUCAAGCUUUUUUAUAAUCACCUUUUAAGAACUACGUAAAUCGGAUGCAUGGUUUUUUAGUUUUCAAGUGUUUCUUAGCUCUUUCAUUUCCUUCAAUCGGAAGCUAAAUUAAUAACAUUUUCUUAAUCCAAACUAUAACGAAUUAUCGAAAAAGUCAUCGGCUUUUGUACCAGUAUCUUGAAUGUUUAUGAUUUUUCUUUCAUUUGUUUCUAGGUUAACUGAGCUUGGAACGGGAGGAACAUUGUUGCAACAUUCGGCAUCGAAUUUCAAGCAUAAGAUCCUCCAUCAUCAUCUCCUUGUUUUUUGUCUCUUUGACAACGUUUUUGAACGGUUUUGCUCAAGAUAAAAAAAAUCCUUUAAUUUCAGUCAGACCAGGGUCAAUUCAAUUAAAAACCCCAGUGUUAUCAAUUGGUUUUUGAUUUCUAAACGACCAAGUUCAUCAGAAAAUUAAGAUAUAUUGCCAUAUUUUUUUGAACUUAUGUUUUUUUAUUGGAUAAAAAAAGGUCAACGUUUUUCUCCAACCGCACUUAUUUUUUUCCCUCUAAACUUGAAUUUUUCAAAAUCAUUUUUUUCUCUUGUUUAAAAAAAUCUAUUUACUUUUUCAACUACAAUCUGUUUCUCGAAUAAAAAAAGAGUCCUAACUUAGAAACUACAAUGAUUUUUGUUUUUUUGAUCUCCAAAAAUUUUUCCUCUAACACCUCUAAAAAUUUUUUUAGACCGGUCUUUGCCGAAUUCAAAAUUUUUCAAAAAUAAAAACGCUCACAAAUUAAUCAAAUAAUGAUGAUUUUUCUUCGCGUUCUGCGAACUUUUUGGGCAAAAAAACAGUUUAUAGAAGAAGAGACUUAUUCACGUUUUUCAGGGUUACUGUAAAGAAAAAAAAUUUUAUAAAUUUUUUUGCAAAAAAAUUUUCCCUGCAGGAAAUGUUUGGAUUGGCAUCAGACCCAUUGGACGUCCAAAAAAUUAAGUUUUGUCGUUGAGUUGAGAGGUUGUAACAACGUGAGGAUCGUCAUCUCGGCUCCCGCGAUCACUCAUUCCUUCGCUGAUGUCUCGCAUUCCCGCGGCUUCGCAGCAGAUUCUAAUUCGUGUCUUCAUGUGAUGACCAUUUGUCAGGAGCCGACCGGAGGUGCAUAGUUUGUUCAAUUCAAGUCUGGGCGGCUCAUUGGCCAACUAAUAGUUUCCGGGAGCUUUGCUUGGUUUUUUUGUAGGAUGGAACAGCAGUUGCACGAUUAUUCUUAUCUCAAAGAAUAAUUGAUGUGCUUUACGAAACGUCCAGUCAAGAAUUAUAAUCUAGUCGUUUUCUCUAAAAUACUGGCUCUUGUUCCAUUCGUAAAAUCUCUAAUCUUUCAUUUUCUUGUCUCGCCUUCUUGGAGCAUAAAAUUGAUUCUUUUCGUGUGUUUCUUGUACUCAUCAGAAGUUUCAAUCGCUUUCGAGUAAAGAGUCUUCUAUCCUGGGAAUUUAGUUAAACUGAGUUCAGGAAGUCUUGAAUUCAAAAAAAUAUAAUCCUUGAAAUUCACCCCAAUAAACUUUUUAGAUUUUUCGAAGAAGUUGCAGUGCUCAAUUAUUUUUUUAAAGUCUCUUUUUUUGAAAACUAAUUUUUUUAGCUCCGAACUUUUUAAGCACCUCACAGAGUGUCGACAAUGCAAUUUUUCCAAUUUGAAUUCAAAAAAAGAAAAUUCCUUUUUUUGUAGGUUUCGGAACGUAAAAAGGUUCAACAAGUUUUUUUGAACAAAAAGUUGUUUAUCAAUGAAGGAAGAACUUCAUAAAUAUCAACGAAAAAAAAGUAACGUUUUUGACCAAAAUUGUUACUUCUCAUCAUUUUCUAUGCAAUUCUUUACUUUUUUUAGUAUUAGCUAUCCAGAGAUCUCCCAUUCCUCUCUUUUCACGAAACACUACUGUAAAAAAAGCUUACUUGUAUACAUUUAUGUUCCAGAAUCCCUUUGUUUCCUUUUUCUAUGAGAACUACUCAGCUAAAAAUAUUCUCAUAUCGAACUUUUUCAACUUUCCCACUAAUUCCGAAAACAUCUGCGACAUUUCUCAACCCAUCAAGCUUUCAAAUUCACAAAACGUUGCAUUGUACACACAUUACACGACAUUAAUAACCGAAGCGCCAGACGUGCUUCUUGUAACUGACUUUUUCCAGACGGAAAGCCACAAGUUGAGAAGCGUCCGUGCAUCGGUGCGGCGAGAAAAAUGCCUAGGUUUGGCGGCCAGAGCCAGCCCCUCGUCCGUCACGACACCGACGAUGCAGGCUUGUUUUAUUCAAAUAAUUUUUCAUCUUCAGCGUUUUUUCUCAUCUUGAACAGAGAAUUUAUAGUUUCUUCAAAGAUAUUUUGUUCCCAGAAUUUUUUUGCCGGACUUGGCUGAUUUUGAAGUUUCGCUCAUUCCUAAAUUGUUGAAUUUUUCAAAAUACGUUAAAAAUGUUUUAAUUUUUUUUUUUGCGGAUUCAGAGACUUUAGCGACGUUUGAUUUGUGUCAAAUUUGUGAUUGAGGGAAAAAUUUUCGCUAUAUAAAAAUUUUAUUCGAUAUUUAGGGACUUCAACCAAACAAUUUUCGAAUUGAAGUUUUUUGCCCUCAUCUUCACUAUAAACUAUAUAGAAUUUAAACUUCAAUCUAACUUUUUUCAGGAGAAAGUGGCCACUCGACAAAGUCGUUGACGGACGGCGGAGUUACUUCUGAAGACGAAAUAGAGAGUCGCAUGAGUCGAAGAUCCUCCGUACUGGUGAGACCAUGCAACUCAGCAAACCGGAAAAAAAAAGAUUUCAGGCCGAUUUGAUAUCUCUUUUUCGGAGAUCAUCCAGUGUUUUGAUACGUCCUCAUACCCGACUGGGGUUUCCCAAUGGUCCGGACGAGUUAGUCUCUUAUCAUACGUUCUACUCAUUUCUUUGUGAAACAGGGACGACGAAGAUUAUGACGAAGAAGAAAGUCGAAACAUGUCCAAGGAUCGGAUUCUCGAAGCCAUCCAGCACAAAAAGGAAAUUAUCCAGAAACUCAGAGGACAGCCUUGGAACAUGAAACGGAAAAGAAGAACAUUGAGGUACACACAGAAAUAUCUUGAAAAUUUCCAAAAUUCUUCAGAGUUGCACAGCGUCAUCUACAACGUCAAGAGGCAAAAGUCUCAAAAGUUUGUGCAAUGAAAACCUUCAUAUAAAAGUUUUCUCUGUGUUUAGGUUAGGUUAUAUAAAGCUGAAGCGGGUCGUCGCCUAACACAAAUCAGCCGAUGGUUCGACAAUUUCAAAAUUUAUCUGAUUCCUUGGGAAUCCAAAAUCAAACAAAUUGAAAGCAAGUUAGAAGAGCUCUUUUCGAAUCCAAGUUUUGGUUUCAGGUCAUUUUGGUUCGGUGGUUUCGUCCUAUUUCACUUUUCACAGAUGGGUUCUCGGUGUUAAUAUAAUUAUGACUCUUAUCAUGCUUUUAUUUGUUAUCAUUCCUGAAGUGAGUUUAGAAAAAAGAAAAAGGAAAAAAGUUAGGUUCUAGUGGUUAGCGGAUUCGAGAAUGACAGAAGGGUCGAUGCGAUUCAAUAAGACGAAAACUAUGAAGAUCAUGCCAGAAGCUGUCCGCCAAAGAGCCGAUGAACUCUCAACUGUUUGGGAUUUCGGGGUAAAUACAACAAUUCAAAAUAGCCGUCCGAUUUAUGAAUCAUUUCCAGGGCUACUUCCAAUAUUCACUUCUAUUUUACGGUUUUUAUUCACGUGAAACAUUUUUUGGAGAAACAAUCAAAUAUCGAGUACCCGUCGCUUAUUUUCUAUGCAAUAUCUUUGUCUUAGGAUUUUCCCUUUUCAUCAUUUUGCGAAAGUUGGUUUUCUCGUUUGUGAGUUUUUUAUCGAUGUCUCAGAAUGGCGUCAAACGCACGAACAAGCAAACUGUCAUCAGGAAAAACGGAACAAUAUCUUUUCAAUUGGAAGGCUUUUACUGGCUGGGAUUACUCGAUAGGUGCUCUUUUUGUAACUAAACGUCUAAUUUCGAGUUUCAGGUAACGCGGAAACUGCUGGAAACGUUCAUAUGGCCAACGUUAUUAAAUUCCGAGUAUUUCUUGUUAAUUAAACAAAAACAAGAUGAUUUUCACAGGAAGCCAUAGCCGAGUACUCAGUCAACAUGAAGAAAAAGUUCCAAUGGGUGCAGAUAUUUCUUCGGAUUUUUUGCAAUAUGCUCGUUUGCAUCAUGUUGCUCUUCUCAAUUUGGGCAAUUCUGGCAUGCAGUCAGAUCAAAAAUCCUGACAGUUUCAUCCAACAGGUUUGUUUUUUUCAUUCCUGAGAAUUAUGAGGAUCAAAGUGCAAAAAAACGGCCUCAGUUGAGAAAGAUCUUGAAAAUGGAUAACAAUUUCCGAUUUAAAAUAAAUUUGACAUGACUCUAAUACAUCAUUGAAAUUGAGAGUUUUCGUAAAGAUUGGUCUCAAAAGGGAUGGAAAAAUUCAAAAAAUCAAAGAGAUCAUUUUUUUUUUUUGGCUUGGUGUAACUUGGUUUUUCGUGAAUCAAGGAUAAACGGAUACAGCGAGGCUGAUAACAUAAAACAAAAGAAUAUGGGCAAUAGAACUACUUUCCCUCUUAAAAUUAAGAAACUUUGAAUAAUUUUCUCUCAGAAUGCGGUGGCUAUAACGAUCUCCCUCAUCACCUUGAUUUUUCCAAACUUGUUCGACAUUUUGGGAAAACUGGAGCGAUACCACCCAAGAACUGCGCUGAGAAUACAACUAGCGAGGUAUUUUAACCGAUAAGGGUCAAAAAAUGUCGUAAUUUCAGAGUGCUCUUUCUCUACAUUGUUAACUACUACACGUUGAUCGUUUCGCUGAUGUUGAAACUGAGUGAGCUGGAAAACGAGCGCAAGGCUUUGGAGGUUUUUUUUCGCACCUUUACGAAUUUCUAAGUAGAUCUUCAGGAGUCUUAUGCGCUUAUUGCGUCCUCGCACGAGUACGUUACAAGGUUUGAAGUCUUCUUGAGUUUUCAUCGAGAACUUUCUUCUCUCAGAUCAUUACGACAAGUGAUGCCGGUUUAUCCAGCAAACAAUACUCCAUACACUUAUUAUUCAUAUCAGCCAGUUACAACUACACCGAUACCCAGGAAACCGUGGACAACGGUUGAAAAAACCUAGAAACCCCUGAAAAACGGCUAAAAUUAAGGUGCUUCCCGAUUUUGGCCCGUUUGGAGUCUCAAAUCCCAAAGCAGUUGUUUCGAAAGGAGCCACAUCGUUUGUCGCUCCAAUCGUUGUAACACAGGUAAGAAAACAAACUGGAGAUAGCAACAAAGCAGUAAUCGCAACAGGUGAUCGGACCAAACUCCGACUGGAAUGAGUCGGCUGUCAGUAUGCUUUUUCCGGAAUUGUGAGUUUGCGUGCUUUUUCAUCAUUUUUCCUCAAUAAAAGGGAAAAAAAUGGAAAUCUUGAGCUUCUCAAAAAAGCAAACUGUUUUUUUUUGAUAGAAUUCAGUGGACAUCGGAGGUCCCACAUGUGUCAAGUUUUUUAUUUUUUUGAUUGGAAAUGUUUGGAAAGGUAUAUUUGAGCUUCUGUUCAGCAUCAACGCUCAAUCGACGCUGACGACUGAAAAGUUGCGAGUGAUGCAAUACACAGACAUGUGCUGGGAGACCAUCAUCGGACAAGUUUCCCGAAAGAAAAAAUUUGAAAUGAAACUGGGAUUGAAGGAAAUCACAAAGCUGAUAUCCAUGGAUUUGUACAUGACCGUCGCUGCUAUCAUUGUCAUCGACUUUCUGCGAGGUCUCGCAUGUCGCUACUUCAACUUUUUCUGGCCGUGGGACUUGGAACGAACCUUUGUCCGUUUAUUUUCAAUAAAAGAACUUCAUUGGAGAAAAAUCUCAAUUGUGACAUUUCAUGAAUUUUUACAGCCUGAGUACGGAGAGUUCAAGGUGGCCGAAAACGUUUUGCAUUUGGUCAACAACCAAGGUUAGUUUUAAAGACUUUCUCAAACGUAUUUUUUUUUAGGUAUGAUCUGGUUGGGUCUGUUCUUUGUGCCAAUGCUGCCGAUGUUGAACAACAUCAAGCUAAUAAUUCUAAUGUAUAUUCGAGCAUGGGCUGCGAUGACUUGUAACGUACCGGCCAGGCAAAUUUUCCGAGCUAGUCGGUGAGUGGAAAACAAAAUUGUAAAAUUCAAAAACUUCAUCAGGUCGUCGAACUUUUAUCUGAUGUUGCUUCUGCUAUUUUUAUUUCUAUGCACUUUGCCAGUGGGAUAUGUCAUUGCUUCCAGGACGCCGAGUAAAAGCUGUGGGCCUUUUGGGUAUAAUGUUUCAAUAAUGCUUUAAAAAUAAUAAACUUUGUAGAAACCAACCGUUUUUCUACAGUGUUAUAACGGACGUUUUGCAUGAAAACUUGAACGCAGGGCUUGUGGAUGCAAUAAAAUACAUGAUGUCGCCGGGAAUCAUUAUUCCUCUACUUGUUCUCCUACUGUAACUUUCAAAAUAAAUAAGCAUGCAAAAAAAAAAUUCAGAUUGGUCAUUUAUUUCCUUUUCGCUUUGGUCCGAGGGUUGAGAGAAGCCAAUCAUGACUUAUCCACUCAACUGAUGAUUGUUUCUUUCCAAAUAAGAAAGUUGUGUCAAAAAGUAUUUUCCAGGAACGGACUGAGGAGAAGAAAAAAAUUUUCGAGUUGGCCGGUGGAAAAAAACGCAAAAGUAUCAGUGUUUUUGGAAGGAAGAAAAGUAGGGCUGUAAUCACAACUAUUCCAAAACCAAAGCCAGUUUCGGUAUGUUUCUGAAAAGAAACUUGAAAAAAAAAUAUUUUUGAGGAUGAUGAAUCUUUAUCCUAUCAAAAAUCGACGGCCAGGAGUAAUUCGGGAAGGGCUUUUGUUCCGUCUUUAGGGUACAUACAAGCUGAGAUGCAUUGUAUCGAAAAACGAUUUCAGUUCUGUAUCCGAAGUGGACCACAGCCUGAGCGAAGAAGACGAAGAAGAGGUCUCGGUAGUUUCCUCUGAGAAGAAGCUAACGUUGGGUCAAAAGUUUUUGAUUUGCAUCGGUUUGAAAGCUCGAGAAAAGUGAGUUUUUUUUCUGAAAACACUAUUGUCAAGGAAUUUAGGAAAAAAAGAAGUAAGGAAAUAGAAAUGGAAGAAGGGGAAAAUACGAGCAGUGAAGAGGAAGCUGAAGAAGAUGAAGACGAUGACAAUGAGCCGAGGUAUUAGUUUUGAAAAGAAGUAGAAAAUUGCUGAACUAAGGUCUGGAAACUCUGAAAGCCGUUUUCUCCUACCUCCAGAACACACGCGGAACAUGUCUCGAGAACGAUCAGAAAGUCGUCGAAGCACAACAAGUCGCAAAACGAGGUUCAGGGAGACUUUCUUCAUGUUUAGACAUUUUUUCAGUGGAAGAGAUGCAUCUUAUCGAACCGCUAUUCAAUCAUACGAAGGUCCUCCCGAGAAAAACAGUUCAAACACGUCUUCUUCUUCAAAAUCAACUACUGCUCCUACAAAUACAGACUCUCCGCGACCGUUAGUUGUGUUGGAAAGGAGCUAUCAGUAUUUGAUUUCAGAGACAUUAUCGUGACGGAAAAUCCUUUGGAUACAUACAUCACACCUUACAACAUCCAAACCAAGUUUGUUUUAUGCCAAAAAGCCACUUGAAAAGACCAACUAAAAACAGGAACUCAUCGGGAAUUUCAUCGUCAAGCUCGCCGUCAUCUGGAAAGGAUGUGAAAGAACCUUCAGAUUCUUCUUCAAGAGAAAAACAAGCAGCCAAAAGACUUUUGCAGCCGAUUAGUACGCAACAUAACGUCCGUUACGGGUCAGUGAGAAAAAUAUGCAAAAAUCGCAUAGUCUGCUGAAAAGGGAAAUUUUUGAAAUUGAAAAAAUUUGAAAAGUCCAGUUUUUCGAAUUAUCAUUACUUCAUCACUUCCAACAUUAAUUUGAAAAUUGUCUUGCUCAGUAAGGCAAAGUUUAGGAGAUGUUGAAAAUUUUUCUCGCUUCAGAAAUUUGUGAAAACCUUGAUUUGUGUUUGAAAGAUAAACCUCAGGGUUGCCACCGUGGAGACGUCGCAGGACCCCACAAGACCGCCGUCCGCUGAUGGCUCUUUGAGCGAUCCAUCUCCGCUUCCUGAUUCCCAAUGGUACAACAGCAACCCUCACAGCAGGUUGGAAUUCCUCCCAAUCAUCUUCUAGAUAAAAUCCCCCUUCUCAGUUACACUUCUGCAAUGAUGUCUCCAAUCAUGAAUGAAAUGUUCUCAACAGAUGAAACUACAGAUGACGAGCGUGGGCGACUGAUUCCCGACAGGUGGAAGUUUUCUCAAUUUGUUUUUAAUUUUUUUUGACUUUUCAGGCCACCUAUUCCGACUUCUCCGAGAGAUAGAAGAAAAACUAAAGAGGAAAAGGAAAAAGAGAAAAGUCUCGAUAGCAAGCCAGGCGUGAGUCAAACUCAUCAAAGACAACUUCGAAAAAGAAAUGCCUUUUCAGACACCUCGUGCUCCUCGAUUCCGGAUUUCAAUGUCACCUCCUCGAAAAGCUCCAUCAGACAAGAACAACGUAAUUUUCCUCUUAAUGUUAAAAAAAAUCACUUUUUCCUAAUUUCUUAUCUGAUUCACGCGGAAACCAAUCAAUGCGUGAGAUUUCAGAGCUUUUUUUGAAUUUUUUCUCGCAAACGUAUUGUGCAACGAAAUAUUUCUCAGGACUCGGACAGUCUGACAAGAAAGUACGAAAUGAGAGUCGAACAAUCUGCUCGAAAAAAACGCGCCGACAAACAAGAAGAACCUGAGGAUCUUCACAAAACUACUACCCUUUGA